CAAUCACCCGUGGAGAAAGAUGUCCGUGCAAGGAAGAAGCACUCAGCUGAUUGGUGGAUCCACUCUGGACAGCAUUGAGGUCAUUCGUAACCAUUCCACGCUCUUCAGAGGAGAAUGCAUGAGGCUGAUCGAAGAAAGCAGCAAAUCCUGCAAGCGCCUGCAGGAUGACGACAGCGAGAAACUGGACCAUCGCGUCAGAGACAUUCAGUUUGUGAAGAAGGAACUCGAGCUGAAGUUGGAGGAGAACAUUUUGGAGACGGAGCGGCUUUUUGCCCUGCAAGACAGAGUGGUGAAAGCCAUUGAGAUGUGCAAGGAGCCUUUUCGAGUAACCGUUCUUUGUCUGAACGAGAGAAAUAAACGGCACCCCUCUGAGAAGCUGCGUGAUGACGUCAGCAGAGAGCUGGUGAAGGAGGCGGAGCUGGCAAAGGGCGUGGUGUCAAUCCUGGAGCGAGUGGUCAAUCAGAUCGCUGAGCAGACACGAUUGAACCAAGCGUCCAAGUUUGAUCUGGAACAAGAUCUGAAGGAGAAAUACGAGGCUCAGCACUUAGAUGCCUCCUGUGCCUCGAUGACGCCACAUUCCCUCAACGACACACCGACAGUUCUCAACCCCAAGACAGUUCCACCAAGUUCAACCGUGUCACCGGGAGAGUGGGAGAGGAGCUCAGACUUCAACAUAGCUAAGGCGGAGCGUCAGAAGACCAACUCGGUGUCUCUGCGGGCGCUGGUGGAGUCUCUGCUGGCCCAGACCGCUGCUGACAUGCAGCAACAGUUCCAGGCCACGUCAGCGGCCUUGCAGCUGAAUGUCCUGCACAUCAAGACGGUCAAGAGCCAGAUGGAGGAACAACUCACCAAGGUUUUGUCGGAGUUUGCCAGCCAGCAGAAAAACCGAGAAGACCUCCAAGUGGCCAUCACGGAGAAUGAGCAUUUCCUCAGUUUGGCCCAGGCCAGGCUAGAUUUACGUCAGCAGAGGCCCGCCAAAGAGCGAUGUCACGAUCCGGCGCAAACCCAGCUCCUCGCCGAGGUCGGCCAGCAUACGAGUCAAAUCAGCAAGUUGCGUGAGACCGUAGAUCAGUCGGAGGAGCAGCAGAGGGCGCUGGUCCGCUGCCAGCUGGAACUGCAGCAGAGCAUUGAAGUCAAGGCCAACCUUCUCUACGUUGACGAGGUCAUCUGCAUUCCGUACAGAGAGACAAUUGUCUUAACUAAAUUCUGAUGUUUCAUCUAUUCUAUCCAUGUCUCGAGGAAUAUUUUUCACUUGUCACUUUUUUAGCUGACAUACUCACACAGGCACCUGCUUAAGUCGACAACAUGACCUGAUUUUUGUCACCAUCAAAUUUAAGGUCCAAUGGGGUCAUUUUUAUGAAAAUGGACCCGUAAUGUCAACAUAGUAUUAACUCAUUACCGAUAGUCAACAAGACACAUCAGCAAGUCUAAAGUUACACAUCAUUUUCUUUUUUUCCUUAAAGUAUUAGCCACUGGAAGAAAUAUGUGUUAUUAAAGUCAAGACAUAGAGCAAAAUUACAGCAUCAGGUUUGUUAGAUGAGAGUAUAAAAUAUCAUAACAACGAAAUAUUCGAGGUAUUAGUACAAGCAGUGGCUAGUUAUGUUUUCGGUUAUGUCAAAACCUGUUUAUGUCGGACAUUUUUCAUUUUAACUUGACAAUUGACUAAGACAACUUAUAAUAAAUAAGACACUGUAGAAACAUCAUAAGCACUGAAUAUUUAUCUUUUAAUUUCACUGUCUGUUAGAAUAAUUAUGUAUAUAUUAUCACACUAACUUUAGUAUGCUUAAAGGCCUACUGAAAGCCACUACUACCGACCACGCAGUCUGAUAGUUUAUAUAUCAAUGAUGAAAUAUUAACAUUGCAACACAUGCCAAUACGGCCUUUUUAGUUUACUAAAUUGCAAUUUUAAAUUUCCCGCGAGUUUCUUGUUGAAAACGUCACGGACUGUCAGGAAAUAUUAGCAGCUGAACCACUCGCGGCUAAAAGUCGUCCGCUUUAAUCGCAUAAUUACACAGUAUUUUGGACAUCUGUGUCGCUGAAUCUUUUGCAAUUUGUUCAUUUAAUAAUGGAGACUAUAAAGAACAAUGCUGUUGGUGGAAAGCGGUGUAUUGCAGCUGUCUUUAGCACCAAGACACAGCCGGUGUUUCUUUGUUUGCUGUGAAGCGGAGCGGUCAAGCAAACAUGUUUUCUCUACGUCAACCAGCAUGUUUUUGGAUGAGGAAAUUGUGAUAUAUAUCUUACCGGAGACAUCAUUGGAUUAUUCGUCGUCCUGCAGCAGCGGCAGCUGUGAGCUUGGCUCCUCGGCUUCUCUCUGAGACACUUCGUGUUCACCGCAGCCAUCAGACCUCGAGGUACUGUAUGUCUUUACAAUCUUUUGCAAUCUUUAAAAUCUCACUAAAACACUAUUAAAACAAUAAGCAGAUAAGGGAUCUUCCAGAAUUAUCCUAGUAAAUGUGUCUAAUUACAUCUAAAACGCUUACACUGCCGUCACCCGGAGCCGUCGCUUUUUUUUUUUUUCUCUAUUCCUUCACUAUCAAUAUCCUAAUUCACAAAUCUUUCAUCCUCGCUCAAAUUAGUGGGGAAAUUGUCGCUUUCUCGGUCCGAAUUGCUCUUACUGCUGGUGGCUCCCAUUAUAAACAAUGUGAAUAUGUUUGGAGCCCUGCAACUCGUGAUAUCACGCGCACAUACUUCCGGUAAAAAUACUUCCGGUAAAAGCAGGGCUUUUCUAUUAGCGACCAAAAGUUGCGAACUUUAUCGUGGAUGUUCUCUACUAAAUCCUUUCAGCAAAAAUAUGGCAAUAUCCCUGUUUAAAUAAGAAAAUCUCAUUUCAGUAGGCCUUUAAAGUCCAUUGCUUCAGUUAUUAGCUAUUGUGCUCAAGUUAGACUUUUUGUAAUCUAUGCAAGGACAAAAUGUCUUGUCUGAGGGGUGGCCUCAGCCACAGAUGUUAUCAAUUUUUUAGCCCGCUAACAGCCAAGGACUUCAAGGACCUGAACGAAGAUAAGAUGACAGUACGCAGACAAAGCAGAGACUUCCAGGACCUCAACGAUGAUGAAAUGACAACACGCAGAUGAAGCGGGGACAAGGCGAAAUCACAAGGCCCCCAGCCCAUUCCGUCACGUACUGUGCGUCCUGAACCUGCUUUGCAUAAUAUAAGUGACCACUCCUUUUAUAUGCGACCUCAGUGAUGUUGACUUUGGAACUCUGAAUAAAAAUAGGGACGUGGGAGCUGAACCAUAAAGCGUAGGGCGGGACUAUAACUAAAUGUGCCGCGCCAUGCGUUCUCCUCAUUAACUAACUCUGUCUCUGCUUGAUUCCUUGCUUUUUGUCUGUUUAAUAGAUGUCAUCAGUGUUUGAACUUGACACUGGGUAAAAGCAAUGUUGGCUGUACAGUGUGUAAGAUUGGCCAAAAGGCUAUACUGAAAUGUCAGGUAUGGAUACAAUGCCAAGUUUUUUCCAAUAUUGAUGCUUGAUAACGUUAAAAAAAAACGUUUGCUCAUGAUUAUAAUCAGAAUAAAACGAAUAUGAAGACAUUAGGCAAACAAAAAAAAGUAUUCAACAUCUUUUUUUGUGAAAAAAGAGCCAGAGAUAGAA